ACUGCCAGUUGCCCAUGUGAGGUUUUUAAUAAGGUGGAUGCAAGAGUUGGUCUUGCUCUCUUCUGGGUGACGCGGAUUGGAAGGGGUUCUUCAUACAUUUACCAAACUAUUUGGGGUUUUUUUUGUUCCCCCCUUCGUUUCCUUUCUGAAACUGCAAAUACAUCUACAUUAUCUUAGACAGGAGCCAUGAAGUGGACCUGGGUGCUUGUGGCAGUCUUGCUGUCCUUUGGGGGCCUAUCAUUGGGCAAGGAGAGCUUGGACUACCCUGAAUAUGAUGGAAAGGACCGUGUCCACGACCUCAACGCCAAGAACUAUAAGUCUGUGAUGAAGAAGUACGAUGUUAUGGUGGUGUACUACCAUGACCAUCCCGGAUCCAGCCGCGUCGCCCAGAGACAGUUUGAGAUUGAGGAGAUGGCCCUUGAGCUUGCAGCCCAGGUCCUGGACGAGUUUGAUGAUGAGGAUAUCGGAGUCGGCCUCAUAGAUGCAAAGCAUGAUAAGGUCGUUGCAAAGAAAUUAGGCCUUGAUGAGUCCGACAGUGUCUUCAUCUUCACAGACGAUGAAGUCAUAGAAUACGAUGGCGAGUUCGCAGCAGACACCCUUGUGGAGUUCAUCUAUGAUGUUCUUGAGGACCCAGUGGAAAUUAUUGACAAUAGUAGGGAACUGAAAGGCUUUGAAAACAUCGAAGAGGACAUCAAAUUGGUGGGCUACUUUAAGAGUCACAAGUCAGAACAUUUUGAGGCUUAUGCCGAUGCUGCUGAAGAGUUCCAUCCUCACAUCAAGUUCUUUGCCACAUUCAGUCCCAAGAUUGCCAAGGCUCUGGAGUUGAAGCUUAAUGAGGUGGACUUCUAUGAACCCUUCAUGGAUGAUCCAGUGGUCAUCCCAGGAAAACCUUACACUGAGGAUGAGCUGGUGGAUUUCAUUGAAGAUAAUGACAGACCAACCCUGAGGAAGCUGCAACCACACAACAUGUAUGAGAUCUGGGAGGACGAUGUUGAUGGUGAACAUAUCAUUGCUUUUGCAGAGGAGGCUGACCCAGACGGUUUUGAGUUCCUUGAGAUCCUGAAGCAAGUUGCCGAGGAUAACACAGAUAACCCUGAACUCAGCAUUGUCUGGAUUGACCCUGACGACUUCCCCCUGCUUCUGCCACACUGGGAGAAGACCUUUGGAAUUGACCUGUCCUCCCCACAGAUUGGUGUUGUUGAUGCUGAUGAUGCUGACAGCGUAUGGUUGGACAUGGAUGAUGGGGAUGACUUGCCAUCUGUAGAUGAGCUGGAGGACUGGAUUGAGGAUGUCCUGUCAGGUGAAAUCGAUCCUGAUGAUGAUGAUGAUGACGACGAUGAUGACGACGAUGAUGAUGACGAUGAUGACGACGAUGAUGAUGACGACGAUGAUGACGACGAUGAUGAUGAUGACGACGACGAUGAUGACGACGAUGAUGAUGACGAUGAUGAUGAUGAUGAUUAUUAAAUCAUUAAGUCAUAAUUCAAGUCUGACCAAUGCAGUUUCAAAAGUCAACGUCAAUAACAAAUCAUCCUCUUUUGUAUCUAGUUCUUAUUUUGAACUUGUCAGUUCCUUUUUGGUAUCACAUCUUUUCAUCAUCCUCUCUCCGCAUCUCAUCAGAACAAUAUUCCAUUACUCGUUUAUCCCUCUCCCCUAACUAUUCACUAAUCCUCCAUGUUGACAAAGUACUUCCUAAGAUCCCACAGUGCCUUUAUUCCCACAUGUAACACUGUCUUGUACAAUAAACAAAAAGAAAUUAUUUCAAAACCUUACCAUCUACUUCUAUUGAUUUUCAGAUUAUUAUAGUUUUUAUUUUCCAAAGUACUGGAGGGGUUGCAAUGUUGUAUGCAAUAUGUCUGAGUCCAUCUGUGGAGUCUGUUGCAGUCUGAAUGUGUUUUAUUUGUUCACUUAUUUUCUUGUUUGCCCCAGUAUCGAAACAACUGAAGUCAGAUCCAAGGGUGCUAGCAGGCUUUUCUGACGGUUCUUAAGAAUCACCAGCCUACUCUGUGAAAUCAAUGUAACGCUGUACACUGAAAGUGCUGUACAUCAUAUGGAUGUUUUCUACGAUGAUGAAAUAUGACAACAGCCAUAUUCUAUUUUUGUAACAAGAGAAAUUUACCUUACUGUAAAGUCUUAAAUAAAUGACAGCUUGGACAGAAACCCAA